AUGGAUGCUGAGUAUACAUAUGUUAGUACAAGGUGGAACCCAACACAGGAGCAAUUACAAAUCUUGAGAGACUUAUAUUAUAAUAAUGGGAUGAGGAACCCAUCUCCACAGGAGAUAAGGGGUAUAACACAAAGGUUAAGCCAGUAUGGAAAUAUUGAGGAGAAGAAUGUCUUCUACUGGUUUCAAAACCAGAGGGGUCGAGAGAAGCAGACAAAACGCCUGGCUAAACUUGCAACUGAUGCAGCUGCCCCCCAGGAUUUGCAACAACAAGCUACAGCAAGAGGGUUAGGUGGGCGUGAUACAAAGCAUCCAAUGUUGGAAACCCUCCCUCUUUUUCCAAUGCAUAGCGACAGGGCGGACAAAUCCAAGGCCGAUAUGAAUAGCUCUCAUCAACCUUCUCUUGAGCUUACCCUCCGUCCUUACUCUCCUACACCUUAG